AUGUCCAGCCAUUCACUGGAUUUGGAAGACGAUGCUCGACUUAACAUGUUUGAUGAUGGGACACUCAUGAUCCGAAACACCAGAGAGUCAGACCAAGGAAUCUAUCAGUGUAUGGCCAGAAACUCUGCUGGGGAGGUCACGACGCAGAAUGCCAUGCUCAGAUAUUCCAGUCUUCCGGCCAAACCUAGUUUUGUGAUCCAGCCACAGGACACAGAGGUGUUAAUUGGCUCCAGCACGACUUUGGAAUGUAUGGCCACAGGCCACCCACACCCCCAUAUUACUUGGACCAGGGACAAUGGAGAGGCACUGGAUGGAUCCAGGCACGUGGCGAUUUCUGGGGGCCUUUUCUUACAGAACAUCACACUGCAGGAUCACGGGCGAUUUACCUGUCAUGCCAGCAAUAACCAAGGCUCUGCUCAAGCUGAAGCAAACAUAAUUGUACAAGCACCUCCACAAUUUACGGUAAGGCCCAAGGAUCAAGUGGUGCUGGAAGAACACACUGUGGAAUUUCCCUGUGAAGCGGAAGGCCGCCCAUCUCCAGUCACCGUGUGGACAAAAGCAGGAGGGCAGCUCCCUCUGGAAGGCCGGCACACGGUUCUCUCCUCUGGCACUUUGAGAAUUGACCACGCAGCCCAGCAUGAUGACGGCCAGUAUGAAUGUCAAGCAGUCAGUCCACUGGGGGUGAAAAAAGUUUCUGUCCAGCUGACUGUAAAACCCAAAG